AAGGACGUACGGAGCAGGUUCUGGGUCACUUACGACAAAGUUGCCAAAGAGCACGAUGACGAGUUCUUAGAGCGGAACAACAGCGAUAUGGACAUCGUGCUCAUUUUCUCUGGUCUCUUCUCUGCUAUCAAUACAGCUUUUAUCAUUGCCAUGCAACCCGAUUCCGCGACCACUGUCUUCAUUCAAAGCGCCUCCCCAAAUAUCACCGUCUCAUCUUCCACCGAAUCAGACACCAAAUCGCCCAACGGUACUUGGUUUCAGGGUUUGGCAUAUGUUGCAUUGUCGUUCAGCCUUCUGGCUGCUUUCGGUGCUGUACUCGGCAAGCAGUGG